CCACGGUGAGUCGCGUGCGGGUCCGGGCGGAGGGUGCUGUGAAACGUGCUUGGAGCAGCAUUGUUAGCACUUUUUUGUGUUGUAUUUAAUUUCAUUCAUAUUUAAUUCUCCGAGACUCGUGGCUAUGCCUUCUGCUGAGGACUGGAUCAAUAACCCUCUGGGUGUAGUCGAUGGAAUUUUCGCUCAGUGCAGCUCCAGUCCAGACUGGGAGAAAAAAGUAGUGGAGUUUUUCAAAGAGAAACUGAAAGUAAACGACGCACAGUCCUGGGUUCCCUCUCUGAAUGAUGUGCCUCUGCACUACCUGAAGCCCAACAGUUUAGUGAAGUUCCGCUGCAUGGUCCAGGACAUGUUUGAUCCUGAAUUCUUCAUGGGGGUUUAUGAAACAGUGGAUCCUUCAACAAAUGCGAAAGCUUUGCGGUGUGGAAAGUACAAGGAUGUUACUGACUGUGGGCAGGUGGAUUUUAACUCAAGAAAUGCUGUCACUUCAGAGAGACAGACGUUUUAUUGUGUCCCUAUCCCAGGAGAAUCUCAGUGGGUGAAGGAAAGCUAUGCUGGUGCCAGUCAAGCUCGAGUAGUACCUUCCACAUCCUACACCCCAAACAGGCACAAACGCAGCUAUGAAGAGGAUGAAGAGAUGGACGCACAGUCUCAGCAGAGUGAAGAAAUUACUGGACCACAGAAUGUGUCUGACUCUCACAGGAAUAUGGACUCAAAACGCUUAGAGACUGAAGCUCCUAGUCAGAACACCUCUCCCGCGCACUGCUCGUCUACACUUGAUCUCAACUUUCCUUUGCCUGGAGAGAGAGGUCCUGCCUGCCUGGUUAAGGUGUACAACGAGUGGGACAGCUUCAAACUGAAUGACAUGCUGGAGGUCUUUGGCAUUCUCUCAGUCGACCCUGCCCUCAGCAUGGUAGCUGAAGACAAGGAGGCAUCAUCUUUUCUAGACCCUACAGAAGGCAUGGAGACCGUGGAAGAGCAGAGGGCUCACAGUCCUCCUGCAUCACUCGUGCCUCGACUACACAUGCUGUACGCCGAGUCGCUGCAACACAACAACCCGCUACUGCCCUCUGCCGUCUCAAAGGACAAGGGAGCCUUAUUAAACAGCCUUAUAAGCGAGAUGAGCACAGUCAGAGCCGAGCUACUUGCUUACCUCACACACAUCUUCCUCGGUGACUCUCUGGCUGCUGAGUACCUCAUUUUUCAUCUCAUCUCCAGUGUGUAUGCCAGACGAGAUGUUCUUCCUCUGGGUAAAUUUGCCCUUAAUGUCAGCGGCUGCCCCCACGCUUCUCCCUACACCGAACAGCUCUACCAAAUCAUCCAGCAGCUUGUACCAUCUUCAUACCGGCUCUGUAUGAGUCUCCACAACAUGAACACGCAGCGCAUGGUGCCGCGGAAAGACUACACAGCUAACAGGCUGGUCAGCGGCGCUCUGCAGCUGGGCAGAAACACCUCUCUGGUUCUGGAUGAGACGCAGCUUGAGCAGGGUCAACUGGACACAACAGGCGUGCGGAACAUCACAGCAUUAGGAAACCUGAUCUCCUGGCAGAAGGUUGAUUACGACUUCAACUAUCACCAGAUGGAAUUCCCUUGCAAUAUUAACGUGCUCAUCAUGUCCGAGGGCCGAUCGCUGCUCCCGUGUGAUUGUCAGGUACAGCUGCGUCCCACCGUGAGCCCCCCUAAUCUAGAGGAGUACCUGAAGACUGUACAACAUGCACAACUUCCAUCACAGUUUAACAGAUACCGUGUGUACCUCACCGCGGCUCGCUCACUGGACUACAGCAUCUCUGACCAAAUGACCAAGGCGGUAGAGGAAGACUUUGUUGAAAUGCGUAAGGACGACCCUCAAAGCAUUUCUGCCGAGGACCUGCACAGGAUGCUGGUAGUCGCAAGAUUACUGUCUUUAAGCUGUGGGCAGACAACUCUUUCCAGAGAAGGUUGGGUGAAAGCCAAGCAACUCGAAAUCCUGCGGAUGAGCCGGACACAACAGCAUAAAUGUGUAAAUGGCAACGAGCCAUAAGCUUAUUGUCCAUGGGCUUCGGAUUAACGGCAUUGAGGAUAAGACUUCAUCUGUUAAGUAAUAUAGUGAUCUCUUUGUACAGCACCCAGGAUUUCUUUUUUUUUUUUGUUGUUGUUUUUUUUUACUCAACCCUUUUUUAAAAGGCAUGAGGAAGUAAAAUGAAAUAAAAAAAUGGGUAUUUUUGAAUAUA